AUGUGGAAUUAUAUCGUGGAUUUGGAUUACUAUGUUUUUAACGUGGUGAUUCGCUGGACUUUUGCCAUGGGACUAUGGACUCCAAAGGAAAUCCGAUUUGAAAUUCGAAGAAUGAUUGCAGUGGCGAAUUCAUUGCAAGACAGUACUGAUCAAAUCACUAGGUCAAGCUGGUUGGAUCGCCAAACUGCUAAAGUGAAGAAACGCAAACGGAGAUACAAUCAUUUCAAGCGCAAGAUCAUGGCUAUGACUGCAGUUGAAUCUCCAUUGCACAUUCAUGAAAGUACCAAUUCUGAAGGAGAACGGAUUUAUUCCAAUCGUGCAUCAUUUGAUACUGACUCUUGCCAAGUUGGUAUUGAUAAUCGCGCGAGUGCUUGCAUCUCUCACAGAAUUAAAGACUUUGUUGGUCCUUUGGUAAAGGUUAACCGAUCUAUCAAAGGUUUUGGUGGAGAACGUGUCAUGAAUGUCUAUCAAGGCACCAUUGUGUGGAAAUGGCAGGACAAUGAUGGGCGAUUGCAUCGAUUUCGAAUUCCCAACUCUUACUAUGUCCCCAAAGGAAACUGUCGACUUCUCAGUCCCCAACAUUGGGCUAAGUCGCAGCUUGGAAGGGGGGUAUCAUCAAUCACACAAUAUGGAAUUGGUGAGACAACCACUUUUGACAAGUGUGUUCUAUUUUGGGAUCGAAAGAAGUAUUCUUUGGAUGUACCCCUUGGUCGCACCGACAAUGUUGCCACCUUCUAUUUGGCACCUGGCUUCAAACGAUUUGACCUCUUUUGUCAAGAAUGCAAUUUCGACUAUGACAAGAGUGAGGAGGAGCCGAUUAUUAUCUCUCCAGCCGGUGUUGUCAGUGAUAACGAAGAAGACGACGACGAUGAUGAUGAUGUUCUUCCACCAGACCCCCCUCCAACUACAGCCACUACCUUUUGGUCCCGACUGACUACCAAAUUUCGCCGUCCGAACCACAAGGCCAAGGCCCCUCAAACUCAAGCUCGCGAAGCAGCUUUUGACUUGGAUGGACCAACUACAGAUGGUGCACCCAAACCGGCGGUGAUAGCCGAGGAGGAGGAGAAACAACCAACAACAGAUAGCCAGCAACUACUACGGCUACACCACCAAAUGGGUCACAUCUCUUUUGCGAAACUGCAAAGCAUGGCAAAGCAAAAUAUCAUUCCACGAAGGUUGGCCAAUGCUGAUAUUCCAAGAUGCACUGCCUGUUGUUUUGCCAAAGCUACAAGACGACAAUGGCGGGAGAAGAGGAGAAAGCAUUGGACAAAGGAACAAACUGUAACAAGACCUGGAGAAGUCAUUUCAGUUGAUCAACUUGUCUUGCCUUCACCUGGAUUGAUUGCCCAAAUAUCUGGCACAUUGACUAAGAAGCGAUACAAGUACGCUACUGUUUAUGUCGACUAUCGAAGAUAG